GAUAAAAAAAUAAAAAAUAAAAAACAAGGUAAAGGAAAGUUUUCCCUUUCUCAGUCGCAGACACUGCACUGAACACAGAAGGGACACCACCGUAAGUCGCAUACUAUUAUCCAAGAAAGUGUUUUGUCCAAAUUUUUCUUUACAAAAUACAACCAAUCUGUCUACGAAUUGAAGAAAAGCUUACAACUUUCAUAUGAAUGGAGACGUCCGCCACUGCCAGCAAUUCCCCUUCUUCUUCUUCUUCUUCUGGGAAUGGUAGUAGCAGUAAUGGCGGUGGCAUUUCUCGCAGAUAUAGAAUUCAGGUGGCGGCUUCUAACAUCAUACAUGGGUCUCUGGCUGCCGUUUUGGAGUAUUCGGGUAUUGUGCUUGGUGGAGGAAGAGCAGGCAGGUCCAAUUCUCAGGAGACGGAGUACCUGCAAGUUGAUAACAACGACGAUGAGCGUUCACCCCGGAGCAGUCUUGAGGAGGACCAGGAGGAGGAAGAGGAGGUCUCCAUCAGGAUUAUUGGCGCCUCAGAGGCAGAGCACCAGCGUUUCUCUGCUCAUCCACACAUUCCUGCAAAUCCUGCUGUGGUAUCACUCUCGGAUCUCGCUAAUUCUGGAGGCACUGCCGGCACUGGCACUGGCACCGGCACGGGCACGGGGGGCACCAGCACCAGCAGUUACGAUAUCCAGCACUUGGCUCGCUGGAUCGAGCAGGUUCUGCCUUUUUCUUUGCUUCUUUUGCUCGUCUUGAUUCGUCAACAUCUCCAAGGUUUUUCUGUCACUCUUUGGAUCGCUGCCGUAAUGUUCAAAUCUAACGAUAUUCUAAGAAAGCAGACCGCUCUUAAGGAGGAGAGAAAAAUAUCUGUUCUUCUCAGCAUCUCUCUGGUGUUCAUGCUUCAUGUCGUUUGUGUUUAUUGGUGGUAUCCAAGUAAUGACCUACUAUAUCCCUUUGUAUUACUUCCCCCAAAAGUUAUACCUCCGUUUUGGCAUGCUAUAUCCAUCGUCAUGGUAAACGAUAUUAUGGUGCGGCAGGCAGCAAUGGCCUUCAAAUGUAUACUUUUGAUGCAUUUCAAGAAUAGCAGGGGCUGGGAUUAUCGCAAACAGGGUCAAAUGCUAACUCUUGUUGAGUAUCUCUUGCUGCUCUAUCGUGCCUUGUUGCCUACACCGGUUUGGUAUCGGUUCUUUUUAAAUAAAGAAUAUGGAAGUCUUUUUUCUUCGUUAACUACAGGGUUGUAUUUAACCUUCAAGCUUACCUCAGUAGUGGAGAAGGUCCAAUCCUUAUUUUCUGCAUUGAGGGUCUUGUCACAUAAGGAGGUGCAUUAUGGAUCUUAUGCUACAUCUGAGCAGGUCAAUGCAGCAGGGGAUCUCUGUGCUAUCUGCCAGGAGAAGAUGCAUGCUCCAAUUUUGCUUCGCUGCAAACACAUAUUCUGUGAAGACUGUGUAUCAGAAUGGUUUGAGCGAGAAAGAACAUGUCCAUUGUGCCGAGCCUUGGUUAAACCAGCCGAUAUCAAAUCUUUCGGCGAUGGAUCAACUAGCUUGUCUUUUCAGUUAUUUUAAAGAUUUCUACUUAUAAAAAAAAAUAUUUUAAAGAUUUCUACUCGAGCCACGAAACCAGAACUGCUGCUAAGAGGGAAGAUCAGGUUCUUGAAGCGCUGCUGUUAAAUUACUAUACCGUUGUUUCCACUACUCUGUUAGUCAAGAAGAGAGGUGGAAUUAUAUGUUAAUACUUGUUUAUUCGUGAGAUGGCUAAAAUCCCGUGGCCGUUUCUAUCAUGUUUAAAGUGUAAAACCACAGAUGAAUUCUGUCUAUA